CACGUCUUAUACCACGUGACCGCUAAGGGCCGCAAACAUUUAUUAUCAGAGGCUAGCCUCCUGUGAUGUCAUUUCCGCUCCGGGCCUGGUCAGCUGGGAACCGGAGGAAAACAGCAGAGUGAAAGUGCACACUGUUUUCCAGACAGCUCAACUAUGACCAGCUCCCCAGUUUCCCGAGUAGUUUAUAAUGGCAAGCGUCCGGCAAGCAACACACGAUCUCCAAGUAGCAAUGACAUUUUCACUCCUGCUCAUGAGGAGAAUGUGCGCUUUAUCUACGAAGCAUGGCAGUGUGUGGAGAGGGAUCUGAGGAACCAAGUAUCUGGCAUGGACCGGGGAGUUGUGGAGGAGUAUGUGGAGAAGAACCCCAGCAACAGUCUGAAAUCCUUUAAACCCAUCGAUUUGAAUGAUUUGAAGAGAAGAACUGUACAGGACCCAAAGAAGUCAUAACCAGUGUGUGUGACUUUGUACUUCUGCUUUUAUCUUUAUUUUUCUUUUUUUUUUACGCACUUUCAUGCGGCUCUCCACUUUUGACUUAAAGGAGCUGCUCUGGGACAGUACAAUGUGCAUAAAGCAGAGUAGUCUUGCUCUUGGAUUUUUAAAUUUUUCAACCUAGCCCCUCUGUGUCCUUCCCUUUACACAAGCAUCCUUUGCUGACAGACCAAUGGAUAAUAAGCUUUUUUUGUUUUAAUUUUUACACUCUGAAGUUGUAUUUACAGCAGUUUGCAUUACUCUGCUCCUUCACCCCGCUGCAGCUGGGGGUUACUCAUAGCACAAUUCUCUGUUGCUCGGUUGGCAAUUUUAUUGUUUUAUCCCCUGUGAGGAGCGAUUGUAAUAGUGCACAGAAGGUGGUGGCUCAAACUGUCCUAAAGAGUGGUUACAGAGAAGGCAGACGUGUCCAGUGCUAUGGGUCAUGCACAACUAUAUAAGAUAGCUUCAUAUUUAUGAUACUACUAUGCUAAAUGUUACACAGCGGACUACACAUCAUUAACCUUAUUUUGAGGUGAUGAGUGUCUCUUCAGUAAUAUAUUUUUCCAUGUCUGAACAGUGUUGUAGCUCCCCCCCAACAGAUUAAAGUUGCCAACUGUUAA